UUCUUCCUUGUACAGAUCUAUGACUUUACCAAAGGGUAAAACUUCUACCUAUAGAAGUGAUGAACAAGAAAUUGAUCUCAAUCUCACACUUGGUGGCAUUUAUAAUACUGGAAAUCCUAACGAAAUUUCAAUACCUCAGCAGUUUUCACAAAUUAUAGCAUCAGUUACCAACAAUCUUGCAUUUCAGCGGGCUAUUAAGGGUAUAAGAUCUGAGAUGAAUAACAACUCAAAAGAUAGGGAAGAAAUGCCUGAAAUUUAUGAGAAGAGAAAAGAAACUAAUCCAACAUUUGUUCCAGAAAGCAAUGGAGAAUCUGCUAUCAAAUUCAAUGCGAAAAAGGGAAAGUCAAUUCUCUUACAAGAAAGCAAUGGAGAAAAGCCAUCAAAGAAAGUUAAGAAUUCUGAUGAAGUAUUGGAUAAGGGUAAGUCAAUUGUAUUACCAGAAAGCAAUGGAGAAAAGCUGUAAAAGAAAGUUAAGAAUUCCAAUAAUGUUGUCAUUUUGAUGAAUACUAGUAAUCUACUAAGGACUAUGACUUGUGUUACAACUUCUGGUGGUAUCAUAAAUGAGAGGUUCUUCACGGUAUCUGAAUUUAUGAAGCAUGGCGGUGGGAAAGAGAUUCUUAAUCCCAUGAAGUUUAUUAAUGUAGUUGAUGAUGCAUAAAUCAACGAAUCUUAUAAAAUGUUGUCAAAUUGUUCAAAUUCAACCUUAAACUUUAUUUUGAUGUU